AUGGCGUCUCCACAGCAUCAGAGUAAUGUUGGACAAACGACGCCUCAGCCUUUGAUGCAUCAGAGGUCUGUGGCUAGAAAACCUGUUGGGAAACCAUCUGUAACACCAGCGCAGAGUAUCUCGCUGCCGCAUAGACCUGCUCCUCAGCAACAGCAUCCGCAAGUUGGGUAUCCUCCUCACAAUCAACAGCAGCAACAGCAACAUGUUCAACAACAGAGACCUCAAUCACAUCAUCCUGGGCCACAGGUUCAACCUGUCUAUCAUCAACAAACUCCACAGCAAAUUCACCAAGCUCAGCCGAUAGCACACCCAGGCCAGCCAAUUCAGCACCAGCAAGCACCCGGACAACAGGCCCAGUACCUUCCGCAACAACAGCAAAGCCAUCCUCAACAUCCUCAGCCUUACCAACAACCAAUUCAAUAUCAACAAAUCCACCAACAAGUGCCGCAACAAUCAUAUCAGCAACCGCAGCAGCUUCCGCAGCAGCAUGUUCAAGCGCAACACCCUCAGCAACAACCAUUCAGCCCGACAAACCCAUCCCCAAACCCCGCUCCUCAAACAACUCUACCAAACACUCACCAAGCACAACCACAACAAUCUCCUGCAAGCCCAACUCCGCAAAUCCACCGGGUUGAUACUGCCAACAGCAACAUUGGUUCAUUUGUGUCCGAUCACGGCAGACCUGGAAGCAUUAGCGGUAGCAGCGCCGGUAUCGCGACGCCCGCUACCACAGUCGCUACACCAAGCGUCGCUGGCACACCACGAUGGGAGCCAAAUGUUGUUUCUGCCGGAGCUCAGCAAUCACCUGUGAGCCAGCAGGCCCCGGCAGUUCAGCAAGUUCCAGUGGCCCAGCAGAGUCCAGCGAUUCAGCAUCCUCCAGGCACUCAGCAACCUCACCCGACUCAAUAUGCCCCGGCAGCUCAACAAAUCCCAGCGAUUCAGCAGAAUCACUCAACCCAGCAUGCUCCAGCGGUCCAGCCAACUCCAGCUGUUCAAGCUGGUCCUGCAGCAGACGUGAGGCGCACAUCUACUGGGCAACCUCAGUUGUGUAAUCAUUGUCGAAAAGGGAUACCUCUCAACGUGUCAGUAUACACCUGUCUCAUCUGCAGCACAGCGCAUAUCACGACGAAUUUCUGUGUGUGGUGCUUCACCUCCAAUGCAGUCAACACUUCUCACAACCACGACAAAUCCUACUAUGCCACCGAAUCCGACCCUCGAGUUCAAUCUUCCGUCCAAGAUGCGACAACCAAUAUGUGGACUAUUCGUAAGAACGUCUCUGGCCGACUCUGGUACACCCACAAUGAAACCGGCUUGAAGACACACCUGAAGCCCACGGCGGCGGCUUUGUUUGGAUUCUCGGGAUUACCACCUGGCUGGGAUGAGCGAAAGACACCCGAUGGUCGAACGUUCUACUUCAAUAAGAGAAUGGGGACCAGCUCGUGGGUGAAGCCUGCAAACUCCCUGCCGGACGGCUGGAGAGAAUUGAGAACGCCAGACAUGACGCCGUUCUACAUCAACGAACAGCUUGGAUUGUCGACGUGGGAUCGCCCAGGACAACAGCCACGACAGACGAAGCAAGGAAAUAAGGUCAUCGUGAGAAAAGGACGACCUGGACAGCCAAAUCAGCCGCAAAAUGUUGGCGAUAACAUCCUCUCAGCGACGAUUAACGCGGCAAGGCUUACUGGUCAAGGCGUUGAAAUGGCAAGUCGACAGGUCGGAAAACUCGGCAAGAAGAAGAACUGGAGAAAGAUGGGCCGAAUGCUGAACCAAGUCAACAACUUCGGCGGUAACAGUUCUGGAAGCGAUGGCGAAUAUGACAAUUACAACGAUGAUGGAGAUUUCGGCUUUGGAGGAGAUGACUCGGGCGGUUUCCAGGACCAGCAACAAGGACAGUUCCAGCAAAGCUUCGACUAUCAGCAAUCCUCUUUCUCGCAGCCUCAGCAAUCAUUCUCAUUUGAGGAUAACCAGCAGUCGAUGUUUCAGCAACCAGCCUACGAGCAACAGUCGACAUUUGAGUACUCUGUGCAGACCGAGCAGCCAGCUUUUGAACAGCCUGCGUUUGACCAACAGCCAGCAUUUGGGCAGCAGCCUGAGCAGUUCAGCGUCACGACUGAGGUUUCUUACACGAUGAAUGAGGGUCAGCCUGUUUUCGAGCAGGAAGUUCAGUACACUCAAGCAUACGAGCAGCAGCCCGGUUUUGAAGUCCAGCAGCAGACUACGUUCGAAGCUACUUCAACCCAAGAGCCGAUUCUGGCUCAGCAAACAACGUCUCUCGAGACUGUUGUUACAACUGAGCAGAACGAAGCUAUGCCACCGCCAAUGCCACAAGAGCCUUAUGUGCCUCGGCCGACACCGCAACCUGUGUACCAGGUUACUUCGCAACAGACCUAUCCUACUCAGCCGUUCGUCUACGAUCCGACUCAAAUGCCUCAGCAGCAAGUCACCAUCUCGUACCAAGUACCCAAUUAUGUGGCCGAUCCAGCACCAGCGCCACUGUUCGCAACUCAGAUUCAGGAGCAGCAACCCGUCUAUCCGGUAUUCAUCCCGAACAACCAGCCCGAGAUCAUCACGAGCGACGUUCCUCUAGUCGAAGUCCUGGGUACGCCAGACAACACUACACUCAUUCUCAACAGCGGAUCCAGCAGUAAUGACAUCUUGGCCGGUACUAGCCUAGCAGCUGAGAACAACCCAAUGCCGCAAAGCACAACUCCGGGGCCGCAAGAUAGUAUUGUAGUCGAGGUGACAGUUCAAUCGACGCCGACACCUGGCUUCGAGACGACUGCAUCGCCGGCACCAGUGCUUGUGCAAGAAUAUGAUGCCUCGGCAAAGCCAGCUACUAUUGUGACGGUUGAUCCUGUUCAGCCUGUGGACUAUGAUGUUGGAGCCAGGUGUAACGCACUCAUUUGA